AGAGAAAAAGACUCGCGCGACGGCUCGCUCAGGCUGGGCCACGGCCGUGUUCCCUCUACCGCUCUUGGCUCGCCCGCCCUGUUGUACGGGGCGGUCAGCGACAGCGACGGCUCGCGAUCGAUGGGGUCUGCCAGUAUGUCGCGGCACGUUGUGCGUGUGCGCGAGUCGCCUGUCCUGACACUAUCCCAGAAGGCGGCGUAUUAUUUGCCCUGCUCAUCGUGGUUGCCCGCAUACGGCCUCGACCUAUUUGUGCACGACGUGGUGGCCGGGCUGUCUCUGGCGUCGUAUCAGAUCCCGCUGAGCAUGUCUUUCGCCAACGCGGUGGCGCACGUGCCGCCCGUGUGCGGCCUGCUGGGGCUGUCGCUCGCGCCCGCUGUGUACGCAGUGCUGGGCACUGUGCCACAGAUGAUUGUGGGGCCCGAAGCGGCCGUGUCGAUGAUCAUCGGGCAAGCGAUCGAGAAAGUCGUCAAGCACAAUGACGGCGUGAAUCCUGUGGAUAUUCUUGUGGUGAUCACAUCGUUUUCAGGCGUGAUUUUGCUUGUGUUCGGGCUGCUGCGUUUCGGCUUCAUCGACAACGUGCUGUGCGGCACGCUGCUCCGCGGCUUUGUCGCCGCGAUCGGGCUAACCAUGAUUGUCAACUCAACGAUCGCGAUUCUCGGCAUCGACACGGUGCUGCUGCUGCUGCCGCCCGACGAGCACGUGCACUCGGCCGCGGAGAAGGUGAGAUUCAUCUGGCAGCACGGCCACCAGUACCACGCGGCCACCCUCGCGGUCGGCACCGCAGCGUUGUUCGUGCUGCUGGCGGCCAGCACGCUGAAAAAGACAAUUGCCCGGCGUCACGUGCGCGCGGCGUCUUUUUUCCCCGAGAUCCUGUUCGUGGUGGUGCUCUCAACAGUGCUCUCUGCGCACUUCCGCUUCGACAAAAAGGGCAUCCGUGUGCUCGGCACGGUCGACAUUGACGAGUUCCAGUUCACGGUGCCCUUCCGCAGCGAGCUGCGGCAAUGGUAUCCGCAGCUGUUUUCGACGUCGUUCAUGUGUGCCAUACUGGGCUUCUUCGAGAGCUCCUCGGCGGGCAAGAGUCUUGGCUCCAGCCUCCCGAUGCCCGUCUCGUCAAAUAGAGAGCUCGUGGCGCUCGGCACCGCCGGUCUCGUGCUCAGUUUUGUCGGUAGCCUUCCCUCCUUUGGUGGCUACGGCCGCUCCCGGCUCAACUCGUUCAUGGGGGCGAAAACCCCCGUUGCCGGCCUCGUGAUGGGGCUGGCCACGCUGCUGGUCACCACGUGCCUGCUCAGCUACGUCUACUACCUGCCGCUGUGCGUGCUGAACGCCAUCAUCGCUACAGUCGGCCUGACGUUGGUCCAGGAGACUCCACGUGACGUGCGAUUCCAUCUGCGCACGCGCGGCUACAACGAGCUGGCCACGUUCGUCGUCACGCUCGUCGCGUCGCUCGUCUACUCUAUCGAGCUCGGCGUCGCGCUCGGAUGCUUCUACUCGGUCGUUCGCGUGAUCAAACACUCCACCAAGUCACGCAUCCAGAUUCUGUCCAGGGUGGCGGGCACCGACGAGUUUGUCAGCUCCGACUUUGACGAAAACGCCGUCGGCCGCUCCGACACCACCACCUACCCGUGCGAGGAGAUUGUCCCCGGCUACUCAGAAUAUCGCCGCCAAAGCUGCGCCGGCCAAUCGGUCCCCACCAAGCCCAGCCUAGAGGACAGAGAGGCGUGUCUGAUCGUCAGGGUGCCGGAGCCGCUCACUUUCACCAACACGAACGACCUCAAGGCGCGGUUGCGGCGGCUGGAGCUGUGUGGCUCCGUCAGCGUGCACCCAGCAGCACAGAAAAAUGACCGGCCAAUAAGACACGUCGUAUUUGACCUGGACGGCAUGACGUCGGUGGACUCGUCCGCCGUGCAGAUCCUUCGAGACGUGAUUGUUGCAUACCAGCGGCGCGGAAUAAAUGUCUUCUUCUGCAGGGUCUUCAAGAGUGCGAAAUUGCUCGACCGGCUGCAGCUCUCGGGCAUAGCAGCCCUGCUACAAACCACCCAGGGCAGCGAGUUCGGCAUCGCGCAAAACUCGCCGCCGUACUACGACGAGAUUCUCGACGCCCUCAGAGCAGUCGACACCGUCGAGACCGCAUGCACGCUCGCCGAGGAACAAAGCCUGGUUUCCUACUACGACGGACUAUAGCCGUGGCGGAUUUUUUUUCUUCUCCACGGCGAUUUCGGCACUAUUAUGUGAGAUAUAUAAACCGCCCGCUUUCUAAUUUCGGGACGCAAUGAAGAUCCUCGCGCUGUACUGGAUUAUCGGGGGCAUACUCAGCCUGGCUGCCGCCGCCAGCACCACCGCGAGCGCGGGCCAGGGCCAUGAUCACGUGACACAGGCCACACAGAGCCCAGAUUCCGGCGAAAACCCGGACGAGCGCGAGGGCGCGCCCCAGGAUGCGCGCAACGGCUUCAAUGACGGCAAGGUCCGCACCACCUACUUCACGUUCCAGGGAAAAGUCAAGAAAUACGUUUAUUUGGACAAACUGCCCGGCGACUCUGACGAAACCGUUCUCGUCCUGACAAACCAGAACGAAGUCUUUGUGACUCACAACCAGGGCCAGGUUUGGGAAGAGGUGGCGCCCAACGACGAGUUUCUCGACAUCUACGUCGACCCGUACCGCUCGACCAACGUUUAUCUGCUGGCCGUCAACGACAAGAUAGCGUGCCGACUGGCGGCGUACCACACAUAUGCGUCGGGCAAGCGGUGGCUGAGGAUCCAGGAGAACGUGCGGCGGUGCGAGUUUGCAGGCGGCGAGUGGAUCCUAUGCGAGAAGGAUGCCAACGAGGCCACGGAGUACCGCUCGAGUCUCGUUGCGUCGGCCGACCUGUUUAAGAGUCGAUCGACGCUGCUCGACAGACUCGUCGGCGUCGCCCGCGCCGGCGACUACUGGGUCGCAGCAACAGAGACCGCCCACGACGCUCUGCUGCCGCACGUCUCGCUCGACGGCAUCUCGUGGGCCGCAGCACGCCUCCCUCCAAACAUCCAGCUCAGCAAACGGCAAGCCUACACCGUUCUUUCCGGCAGCUCCAAGGCCGUGUUUAUGCACGUGACCACAAACCCCGUGACGGGCACCGAGUACGGCACGCUGCUCAAGUCCAACAGCAACGGCACGGAGUACGUUGCGAUCCUCGAUAACGCGAACCGCGAUGAGGGCGGAUACGUUGAUUUCGAGAAGAUCACGGGGCUCGAGGGCUUGAUUAUUACGAACGUGGUGGCCAACCCGGGCGACGCCAGUAAAGGAGCCAAAAAGCGAGUCAGGUCGAUGAUCACCCACAACGACGGCGCGCAGUGGUCGCUGUUGCAGCCGCCCGUGGUCGAUUCUGAAAACCAGCGGCUGUGCAGUGGCCAGAGCCUCGAGCAAUGCUCGUUGCACCUGCACGGGUUCACGGAACGCGUAGACUACCGCGACACGUUUGCGUCGGCCAGUGCGGUCGGCAUGAUGAUUGGCGUGGGCAACGUCGGCCCGCAGCUCGGCAACUAUUACGACGGACACACCUAUUUGACAAAGGACGGCGGAAUAACGUGGAAAGAGGUGAGGAAAGGUGUUUAUUUAUGGGAGUACGGCGACCAGGGCUCGGUGAUCGUUCUGGUGAACGGCAAGGACAACACCAACGUUCUGAGCUACUCUGUGGACGAGGGCGACACGUGGGUCGAUUUCCAGUUCACCAAGGAGCAAGUCACGGUAGAGGACAUUUCGACGGUGCCGGGCGAUAACUCCCUGGUGUUCUUGCUAUUCACGAGGGUUCCGCUGGCCAGAGGUGACAAGACGAGAGUGUUCCGGAUCGAUUUCAGCCAGCUGCUCGCGAAAAAGUGCUCGGAUGCUGAUUUUGAGACUUGGACGCCCAAACACCCGUUCCAGGCAGACAACUGUCUGUUUGGCCACGAAGUGCAGUAUACACGCAAAGUUCCCGGUAGACUGUGCCAGAUCGGCGGCCGCACCAUGACAGAGCCGAAAAUUGUCCGCAAUUGCAAGUGCACGCGACAGGACUAUGAGUGCGACUUCAACUACUAUCUCACCAGCGACGGUCUCUGCCGGCUCGUCCCCGGCUACAGCCCGCCCAGCCACGAGGACAUCUGUUUUGCCGACAACGCGCCCGUCGAGUACUAUCCGGCUACCGGCUACCGUAAGAUCCCGCUCUCGACGUGCGAAGGGGGCACCGAGUUCGACAAGAGCGAGUCGCCUGUGCCAUGCAAGGGCCGCGAGGAGGAAUUCAACCGUCUGCAUCCGCGGCGUGGGCUUCUUGCUGCGCUGCUGCUGUGGGCAGCGGCCGCGGUGGUGGUUGGCUACAGCAUGCGGUUUGCGUACAAGUGGUACACCUCGCGUCACGGCGAGAUCCGGCUCGACGACGGCGGCGAGUUCACGUUUGUGGACAUCAACGAGAGCGUGUGGGCGCAAUGGCGGCGGUUUGUGGUAGAAUCGGCCAUUGGCUCGUUGAUGGCGGUUUCCAGACAGCUAAACAAGCGCAGACGCCAGCAGCCGUUGGCUCCCGAGCCCGAACCUCUGCCGGAGCCGUCCGACGACGAGGACUUCACGGAGUAGUCUUGGCCCGUUUUGCGGCCGGCUCGUCGUCGAGGUCCAGCUCCUCGCUGCUUGAGACGACCUCCUCGUCGUCUGCGCCGUCUCCCAGACCGGGAGCAGCUUCUGUAUAAUAUUUGGUAGCAUGAGGAAACAGGUCUUCCACAAUCAGUAAAGCGAGGUCCUCGCCGUGUCUGAACUCCUUGCCGGGCUUUUUCCCCGUCCAGGCAAAAAAGGCAAAGAACGAUUUCAUCCCUGCACGGUACUUCCUCUUGUCGGCGGGCGCUAGUUCUCCCUUGGCCUUGAUCAGGUGCGGGUUAAUGCUGUCGAGCUCUGCAGGCCAUUUUAUGUCCACCGCGUCCGAAAUCAGCUUCUCCUCUCCCGUCUCAACGUCGUGGAUUUUUUCAAACCGUUUCGUGACCGUCUGCGUCUCGAUCUCGCCAUUGGGAGCCUCGAAUCCAAACGUAAUGCUAAAUUUCAUGGGGUCGUCAUCUAGAAGGUACUCCACAUAUAUCUCCUUGAUAAACUCCAGAUACUUCAUGUCGUCCGUCUGGAUGUACUCCUGGAAAUCCUCGUGCUCCGCCAAAACAAUGUACCAGAAGCUGGGAAUGUGCACAAACAAGUCUCGUCUUUUUUCGUACACAGGCUUGGACUUGGUGAAUCGGAAUCUCUCGACCUCCUUCUCGACUU